UGGUAAACGUGAUCAGAGGUGAACGGUUACAAGUGGGUACUCUUGAGAAUCUGCAAUUCCCGCAUCCAAAACACGUUUAAGUGAUGGGAUUUGCUUUCAUGCAAAAGUACCCACGUGUGGAAAUAAAUUUAAUGCUGUUUUAUCGGAAAAUUUCUUUGUAAUUACGCUAUAAAGAAGAUGGUAAAUAUUUCUAUGGCACAGUUCUUUAAGCACUUGAUUAACGCUUAAUAAAUCACUAUAAAUGCAGAGCACCUCAAUUCGUCAAGUAGAGUCUUGGUUGCGCAACAAUGCCCCGAUUAAGUACUUCAUUCGGUACCAGUAGGUGUUAGAUGGUUUAUCGCAAAGUUUAACAAUGCUGGCUGGUAAUUGGUUAAUUCGGUGCGACUUUAGGUGCGGAUAAAACUGAUUUUUGAAUGGAAUACAAGUGAACGGAAUGAAAACGACAGAUUGGCAUCCGAUUUCCUCAAAGUAAUCGUCGCAUUAACUAUGUUUAAUCAAGGAUGACCUAAGAGCUCCAUUGCAUUGUUAGUGGUUGGUCAGGGGCGUGCGUGCUCCCUCAAUCAGCAUGGAUAACGGAAUCAAGCAGGAUCGAAAAAGCAAUCCAAGGGAAAGAGCGAAUUUGUUCUCGUUUCUCACGUUUGCUUACACGUUUGGCCUGUUCAAGCGGGGCAUCAAAGGCAACCUGCAGGAAACGGAUAUUUAUGCCAUUCCUGAUGAUUGCGAUUCGAAACAAUGCGGCGAUAAAACCGAGCUGGAAUGGAAGCAGAAUAAAACGAUCCUGAAGUUGUUAUGGCAAAGGUUCGGGUUAAGGUACUCGAUCUUGACUUUUGUCCACCUGAUAUGGACCUUGUUCAACAGCAUCGUGCAUCCAUAUAUAACCAGCAAGUUUAUUUCCUACUUCCAAGCCCACUCGAAAAUCGCCAGAAAUGAUGCGUACUUUUACGCGGGCAUGUUGAUCGCUCUGGCGAUCUUUCACUGUUUCUGGGCCCACAACUUCUUCAUGCUCCAGUGCAAGCUGGAGGUGCAAAUCAAGGCGUCAUUGACAUCGCUGAUCUACAGGAAGGUCUUGAAGCUGAGACCGGCCGAACUAGCCGAAACCAACAUGGGAAACAUCGUCACCAUUCUGACUAAAGACAUCAAACUGCUGGUCCACAACAUUUGGACUUUGAGCGAGAUGAUUAUUGGCAUCGUGCAAACCAUUACGGUUUUCUACCUGUUGUACGCUAGGAUGGGACCACCUUCUACCAUAGCCAUGGGCAUGCUUUGCUUCGGGCUGUUGAUUCAAGUCAUCCUGAGCAAAACCAUAACAAAUAUCCGGCUUAAAGUGGGCAAAAUGGCCGAUAAAAGGUUGCAGCUGAGCCAAGAAGCCCUUUCCGCCCUACGCAUCAUCAAAAUGUACACGUGGGAGAUGUUCUUCUUCGACCGCAUCUGCUUGGCGCGAAAGCAAGAGAUGAAGAAAACCAUGAAGGCCUUCUACUUGAAGAUCUUCCUGAUCCUCAUCGGAAUAAUGGGCUCCAAGGUGACCUUUCCCGUUCUGCUCAUUUCCUAUGUGGCACUGGGGUAUGCCACCAACACUGAACUCGUCUUCUAUGUUAUGGGGCUGUUUAAGGAGCUGCGACACUCAGUUGGGAUUGCAAUUCCUAUAGGACUCACUCAUUGUGCAGAGUUCUACGCGUCACUCACUAGAGUGAGCAGGAUGUUGCACAUUGAGGAACACCAUCCGAUUUCAAACAACUUCAUGCCUGAAGACAAGAGGAAGAUUGAAUUGAAAGAAGUGAGCGUCACGGUAGGCAAGGAGAACAUUCUGAAGGCCAUUUCCUUCAACAUUGCCCAACCAGGGCUCAACAUUGUGACGGGAUUAGUCGGCUCUGGUAAGAGCUCAUUGCUGAAAACCAUUCUGCGUGAUUAUCCAACCACCAAAGGUCAUGUGACGGUCUGCGGCACCGUUUCAUAUGCCUCCCAAGAUCCUUGGCUCUUUCCCUCCUCCAUCAAACAGAACAUCCUCUUUGGGCAACGCCUGGACAAGACCAGGUAUGACGAGGUGAUCAAGGUGUGCUCCCUACAGUACGACUUCAGCCUGCUCCCUUUUGGGGAUGAAACGAUUGUAACCGAUGGCGGGAUGAACCUAAGCAAAGGACAGCAAGCGAGAGUAAACCUGGCCAGGGCCAUCUACAAGGACAGCGACAUUUACCUACUUGACGACUCUCUCGCAGCCCUGGACGUUAAAGUGCAAGAAGACAUUUUCAACAACUGCAUUAGGGACUAUCUCAAGGGGAAAAUAGUGCUGUUUGUGUCGCAAAAUCCUGUCCAUUUCAAAAUGGCCCUAAACGUGAUCUUUUUGUACCGCGGCUCGAUCAAGUCAAUCUCCAAGCCUGCAGAGCUUUUCAUAGAAGACCUGGAUGAGUUGAAAAGUGCCAAGGUGGACCUGGAGCAUGAGACCAAGGAAAAAAAGCUGAUCGAAAUGAUGGAGGUUGAGUUGGACCAGAGCAAGCUCAAGAAGAAGGUUUACCAGGAGGAGAAAAAACUCGGUGGGGUUGAUUUUUCGAUUUACCUACAGUACUUGAAGUUUGGAGGAGGGAUUGUGAUUUUUGGGUUGAUAAUGAGCAUCUACCUAGGGGCUCAGUUCACGGAGAGCUACUCAUCCAAACUGGUAUCCAACUGGGUCGACUAUCAGCAGCAGGCCUACGACUUGAGCUUAGGCAACAAUGUCACCUCCAAGACAAACGAAACCGUUACUUUCGAUGGCGCCGUUCAACGAAGAGACAGAACCUUCAACCUUUACUCCAUUUUAAUCUUCACCUCGGCUAUUUUAUCGCUGGUGAAAACCUACUCAAUUUUGAGGUUCUGCAGGAGGGCAUCGAUCAAAAUCCACGAAGUCAUGUGCCGCAGCGUCAUCAACUCGCUGAUGCGCUUCCUGGACACUCACUUUAUCGGCAACAUUCUCAACAGAUUUUCCUUUGACUUGGAUGUGAUUGACGAGCAGUAUCCACUGAUUUUCAUGGAGUUUUUCAGGAGCUUCAUCAGCAUAGGAGGAAUGUUGAUUUUGAUCGCCACAGUCAGCUGGAUUUUCCUGCUGUUCGCCCUGGGAUUCUUCACUGCCCUGUUCGCUCUGAGGAUGGCCUAUAUCCCCACUGGGCGGACUUUGAAGCGACUAGAAGCCAUGAGUACAGGAUCCAAAGUUAGCGAAUCAAAGGGAGUAAAAUUGUGGCUUUUUGCAGCUCGCAGCCCUUUGGUUGGCCACCUCAACGCCUCAGUGGAAGGGUUGACCACCAUUAGGGCUUACAAGGCGGAAGAGGUGUUGAAGGACGAAUUCGAUAAGCACCAGGACCUGGCCAAUUCCACCUACUACAUGGUGAUGACCACUACCAGGGCCUUUGGAUAUGUUAUGGACUUUGCAGGCGCUAUGUUUGUGGUGUUUAUCAUUCUUGUUCUACUGUUUGCUGAAACUCGCAUAUCAGUUGGUGAUGUUGGUCUAGCGCUUACUCAGGUGAUGAUGUUGACUGGAUAUUUGCAAUGGGCAGUGCGCCAAUGGGCUGACUUGGAAAGUUGCAUGACAUCAGUAGAACGAACGCUCGAAUACACCGAUAUCCAGCAGGAAGACACGACUGGAGGGGCCAUCAACAAUUGGCCAAAGGACGGUUUGCUUAAGUAUGACAACGUCAGUCUCUCCUACAAUGCUGAAACGCGAGUGCUGAAAGGCAUCAGUUUCACUGUGAAUGCGACGGAGAAAAUUGGAAUAGUUGGCCGAACUGGGGCAGGAAAGUCCUCCAUCAUGUCUACACUGUUCAGGUUGUACGACUACGAGGGAAAGAUCUUUAUCGACGGCAUCGACAUCAGUUCAGUGUCCAUUAAUUUCCUUAGAAAGAGCAUUUCGAUAAUCCCGCAGGACCCGGUGAUAUUUGAGGGCACAGUUCGCGAGAACCUGGAUCCGCAUAAAAUCUAUGCUGACCAGGAAAUUUGGACCGUUUUGGAGAAGGUGAAGAUGAAAGACCUGAUCCCAACACUGGACGACGAUAUCAUGAGCCUGAGCUUGAGUUCUGGCCAGAAGCAGCUUCUGUCGUUAUCCAGAGCGGUGCUCAGGAAAAACAAGAUUGUUGUGCUAGAUGAAGCUACCGCCAACAUGGAUGAGGAAUCGGAUCAGCUGGUUCACGAGCUGAUCAAAGAGAACUUCAGGAAUUGUACUGUGAUAAUGAUAGCGCAUAGACUAAGCACUAUUCUCGAUUGUGAUAAAGUGAUGGUGCUGGACAACGGCACUAUUGCCGAGUUUGAUAACCCGAAUGUGUUGCUGGCGAAUAAGAACAGUUUAUUUUACGCGAUGAAGCACCAGGCAAAGGCCACGGCAUCAUGAUAUUGUUUAUCAAUAAAGUUUUUAUGGUU